AUGGCGUCCGGUGCUAUGAUCCAAGUAGCUUUUCUAGGACUCCUAGUUGUGUCCACCGCGUUUGCGGAAGUCAAGCCGGUAAAUAAGAACGACAAGAAAAGGGACACCUUAUUCAAUCCAUCAUCAUUCUCAUUCGGUACCAACACUUUUGGCUCGUCAACUCCAGCUCCGUUCGCUUUUGGCAGCUCGUUCUCGUCCACUGCUGCACCAUUCAAAUCCGUUUCUUACAGCUCCACACCAGCUCCGUUCGCAUUCGGUAACUCUUUUGCGUCAAAUGCUUACUCCAACGCCGCAGCAGCUCAAUCUUUCGAUGCAGCAUCAUUCAUUGGAUCUUCCACACCUGCUCCAUUCUACGAUGGAUCUUUCGGCUCUUCCUCCCCAGCUGCUCUAAUUGGUUCGUCUACACCAGCUGCUCUAAUUGGUUCGUCUACACCAGCACCUUUCGUAUCUGGUGCCGCACUAUCGGACGCAAGCUUUGCAUAUUCUUCCACCCCGGCUUCAAUUUUGGCAGGUGGAGCUUCGCCUGUUGUUUCGUCUAACCCAGAAGCGGUUCUUUUAAAUAGGUCACCGGCUUUUGCUACGUCAUAUGGUUCAUACUAUUCAGGUUUUGCCCCAUCUUACUCUCAAGGAACCAUCAUCAAGUCUGACUCGAUUAGCCGCGAUGCUGUUGAAGUUCCAGCCGUAGCUAACGCCCCUGCUCCCCACCAUGAAAUUACCAUCCAUAAGGAAGUUCCAGUUCCAUACUACGUCCAAGUUGAAAAGAGAGUGCCAUACCCCGUCUACGUUCGUGUACCACACCCAUACACGGUCACUGUAGAAAAACACGUGCCAUACGCAGUACAAGUUAAUGUAGACCGUCCAAUUAACGUUCCUCAGCCAUACCCAGUCGAAGUUGAGAAGAGAGUGCCGUACCCAGUUGAAAAGCCAGUACCUUAUGAAGUGAAAGUCCCAGUCGACAGGCCAUACGCAGUUCCUGUUCCAGUCGAGAAACCCGUCCCAUACGCAGUUGAAAAACCCGUGCCUUACCCAGUAAGAGUAAAUGUCGACAGACCUUACCCCGUGGAAAAACCAGUGCCAUACCCAGUUGCUGUCGAAAAGCCAGUGCCAUAUGCCGUAGAAAAAAAAGUGCCAUACCCAGUAGAAAAAUUAGUCCCAUAUGCAGUUGAAAAGAGGGUUCCCUAUCCAGUAAGAUACGAAGUUCCAGUUAAUGUUCCAGUUCCAGUAGAAGUUAAAGUUCCAGUAUCCGUGGACAGGCCCGUCCCAUAUCCAGUAGAAAAGAGAGUUCCAUACCCAGUUCAAGUUCCAGUUGAAGUUAAGGUCCCAGUCCAGGUUGCAGCUCCAGCUCAACGUUUCGCCACUGUCCACUAUUAUCAACAAUCACCGGUCGCUUUAGGAUAUGAAUCCAGUCAAGCUCUCAUUGGCCAAUCUGGUUACAAAGCGUUCUCAUCUGGUUUGGCUCAAGGUUCCGGAAGUGCAUUCUACAGCUCUAUCCCAUCGUCUGGCAGUGCAUUCUACAACUCUGUUCCAUCAUCUGACAGUGCAUUCUACAGCUCUACCCCAGCGUCUGGAAGUGCAUUAUUCGGCUCUACAGCUAGCCCAAUAAGCUCAUACAGCUCUACCGCAAGCCCAAUAAGCACAUACAGCUCAACUGCCAGCCCGGCUGGUUUCUUCGGCUCAAACGUGGUCCAAGAUGGUUUUUCUGCUUCAUCCGCGGCUCCAUUCAGUUUCGGCCAACAAUCUUUCUUCGGAUCUUCGACACCAGCUCCAUUCAAAACUUUCUCCGCUGAUUCAGCAUCAUCAGAUGCAUCAUCUCUAUUCAAGUCCGCUAGCAUUGGAUCUGAAAGUCAAGAGGCAGUCGCCAUUGGAGGUGCAUCUUUGAAGUCACAGGAGUUGAAAGCUGACAACAUUGACGUUAUCAAGAAAUAG